AUGUCCUAAGUUGAGACUUACAUGAUUGAAAAAGCAGCUCAAUGUCACUCAAUAGGCCAGGGCUGCCCGGAAGACAGCCACCGGUGUCAUGUUUGGGUUCGCAUUUCGCACUGUCUUAGUUGCGUUAGUGAUAACUAGCUGUCACUGUGCAGUCACUGACCAAGUUGUAGUGGUUGUAACAUGCGCCCUCGCGACAUUGCAACCCCUACAUUUCGCGUCAGGCUAGUGAGUUCCGUUGUUGUGAAUCUAUUCAGUCGUCCUUUGAUUAAAAACUGGUGUACGCUUAAGUAUGAGUAUCGCUAACCCUCUCCCUUUCCUGCAUUUCCGGAGGCAAGGCCGCUUUCUCCUUGUGCAACGCAGAAGGUACGAAGUUUACUCUCACAUCAGUGCUCAUUAUUAUUCAUUUCAUAUUCAUCUGUCUCCUAAAAUCGGCGGCAAAUACUCGAAAAGUAUUUAAUUACACGGUUCAGCCUUCUUUCUUAUUUUUUUUUUAAAUUUGCAGUACGAUAUACAUGUGAACAAAAGCAGAAUCCAGCGUCUGAAUUUUUCGUUGCAUUCCUCCCGUCUCUGGCCAUUGUGCCUUAAUUUCUCAGCUUUACGCCUGUGUAAAUUGCCCGUAGUCAACUUCAGGCUUGCAGUCCAUAUGUACUAAUAUGGGAUGUUGCGAGAUUUUAGUAUUGCGUACUCGUAAAGCAAAAAAGAAAAUGAAAAGCACUGUGAAAAGAAAGAAAGAAGCAUUAACACGGAUGCUAUUUUCAGACAUCUGACUCCACUUCCGAGGCAGGCACCGUGUGUUCCCAUGCAGAAGCAAAUUUAGCGCUCAAUAUGCCAGUCUGCAUAGGUGACCGUCAGGCGAAUGCACUUUCAAAGCAGUACAUAAUAAUCUAUGCGCACUAUAAGCAAGAUAAUGCAGGAUAAGCAGCGACUUUCUUCACACUCGCAGGAGAACUUUGCGCCAACAGUAACGAUGCCGGACUCGAUGCCAGCGCGCUGCAGAAAAAGUCUUGCGUCGCCUAACAGACUCUCCUAUCAUAAAGAGUCUCGCAAUGGCUAAUCAUAUUCCGAGAUUCAGUUGUCCUAAAAAAAGAAGUCUUCUUCACUUCUUAUCUUAACGUUGCAAACACCCUGCACGUUCUCAAGUGGUCAGUGUGGAAGGACAGAACCAACGGUUAAUUUAUCAUUCAUUUGCCGACGGGACUUCGCAGAGACGCAGAUCAGAGGAACCUGGUCGGUACAAGGCUCCCUCUAUAGGUGCUGAUCUAAAGGUAGACAUUUUUUCGGUUCGUCUUCCAAGCUUGGCACCGCACAGACUAAGUACAUCGCUAUGUCGUUCGAGAAAGUUCUUCACCACAUCGGAGGCUUCGGCUUGUUCAACAGGACCAUCAUGGUAGCCUUGGUGAUUCUUAGCACGUGGCACACAUCCAUCGCCUACUUUUCUCAUCUGUUCGUGCUGAUUACUCCCUCUGGACAAUGGUGCUUUGUGAACGGAAGCAACGUGGAAGAUAUUGACCUGACUGCGUUACCCCACAAAAAGUGUCAAAUAGUGUGGACGACGCUUCAGAACGACAGCGCGACUUCCAACGUACAAGAAACGUGCGCGUCAGGGUGGCGUUAUGACAAGGACGAAGUGUUCCUCACCUUAACUAUGGAGAAUGACUGGGUCUGCGGAAACAGCUGGAAGUUAUACUCAGUCCACACUGCCUACUGGAUUGGCUCCAUGGUUGGAUAUCUAAUCACGGGUCUGUUGGCAGACAAGAUCGGCCGCAAGAACACAGUCUGCCUUUUCGUUCUGCUAUCAUGCACUGCAAACAUAGCCGGCAUAUUCAUCACGAGUCAUUUAGGCUUCGUCCUUUUGCGAGUGCUUGCAGGAGCAGGAUGCUACACUGUGUGCAGCGCGGCCUUCGUGCUGGCGAUGGAGUACACAGUGUCGGAAAGGAGGACGUUGAUGGCUUCAGUAUGGAGUCUCAACUGGGCAUUGCUUGCCACUGGAUUUCCGUGGGUGGCUUACUAUUUACAGAGCUGGAGAUGGUUGCUCGCGUGCAACGGGGUAAUCGACUCCCUGUUGUUGUUUACGUUAUGGUGGGCUCCAGAGUCUUCCAGCUGGCUCAUUUCAACAGGGCGGUCUGAAGAAGCGCUAGACAUACUCGAGAGGAUUGCUAAGUUUAACAGGAAGACGGUCAGUAGAGAAAGUAUCGCCAAGGCACUUCAGCUGGACACCGAUGGAGCAACAGCGGAACAACCAUCUACGAACGCAGAAAAGUCGAGACCCGGUUUCUGGAAGACAACCUUUGCACUUAUGGCGACACCACGAUUAAGAAAAGUCACGCUUAUGAUGUACUCAACAUGGUUUAUCAUUUGCAUGUGCUACAACGUAAACAACAUGGAGCUCGGUCGCUUAGGGCUAGACGUUUACUCAACGUACUCCAUAGCGAUGGCGUUCGAACUUCCUGUCAGUGUAUUCUGCCUGUUGGCUUUGGACCGCCUGGGACGACGCUGGCCUAACGUCACCUUCAUGCUCAUAGGUGGAGCUGUUGGUAUCGCCGUGUACAUCGUGCGUACAGAUUCCAGCAUGUGGAGGUUAAUAAUGGCGGUGGCCUGUAUGGUGGCGUGGGCAGGAAGCUACAACAUCACCUAUCAGUUGUCGUCUGAAGUCUUUCCUACAGUCAUCCGAGGAAGAGGAGUUUUGCUGCAGAGGGUCACGGGGGAUAUUGGAAGCUGCCUGGGAACGCAAGUUGCUGCACUGGCAGAAUACGACAGACUUCUUCCUACUCUUGUGUUGGGAAUUCUCUCGCUUGUGGGGACAGUAAUGGUGUUCUUUCUACCAGAAACGGUAGGCCUUCCUCUUCCGCAAACUGUCGAGGAUGGCGAAGAGUUCGGCAAGGAUCAAGGGCUGUGUUUCUGUCCUGUAUUUGCGUCCAGAGCUCGCAGGAACCGAUCGACUACGACUACCUGUAACGUGACGACGAACAAGUCCUUCGAGUUUGAAAAGGAAAUGGAAGGGAAAACGUAAAAGCACGCGACAUACUAGGCGCUGUUUUCAAAUUUCUGCAGCAUCGCUGUGAUUUUGUGAUAAACCUUACCGAAGUGAAUGUGUGUGUGGCAUGCGCGACGGUAGAUGCAUCAACCGUUGUGCCUGCUCCCAAGACUGGGUGCCGGUAUACAGCUACCCGCUGCUCCACUCUAGCGCUACAAGAAACUUUAGAACAUGAUACCGAUGCCGCUGCCAAAUAAAAGCAACGCGAGGCC